CCCCGGUGAGAUGAUAAAAGCUACAGGAAACAGUCUUGAUCUUUUUCUGAACAUAGAAGCGCCAUUCAGAUCUUCCAAUUUGCCACCGAAGACCUCGGUGUAUCAUUGCAUCUCUGGAUUGGACACACGACAUCCCGCAUCCUCCUUGAAAACAUCGCAAACCAUGGGCAUCUCAGAAAUGCAACCCAUCAGCAUUCGCAAAGCAGCACUCUCCGACGCAAAAGCGAUAUCAGAGCUAGGCACCCAUGUCUGGACCCAAACUUUCGGCCACACUGUCUCUCCCGAAGACCUGAAAACAUACCUCACUACCUCAUACAGCCCCUCGGCUAUCGAAACCGAUAUCAACAACCCUUCCAAGGACCUUAUCCUCGCAACAACACCUAGCAACGAGAUUAUCGGCUUCACACUUAUGACGAAAGGAAGCAGCGAAAAUUGUCUAGCUUCCUUCACCAACUACGUCGAGUUGCAGAGAAUUUAUGUGCAUCCUGAUCAUCAUGGUUGUGGGGUCGGAAAAAUGCUAGCAAAGGCCGUGGAGGAUCUGGCGAGGCAGCAAGGGUUUGAGAAUUUGUGGUUGGGAGUUUGGGAAGAAAACGCAAAAGCUUUGAGGUUGUAUGAAAAGCUUGGGUUCAAGGCCAUCGGGACGAAGGAAUUCUUGGUGGGUGGACAGAUUGAUACUGAUUUGGUCAUGGUGAAAAGGUUGUAGAGCCUGUCAAAUUCACUCUCCGGAUUAAUGCAUAGGGGGGCCGGUUCCGCGCCGGUUCAGGCCGCAGACUAACUCCGUUACCUCCGAGAUCUGCAAGAUGCUAUCUCCGUCGGUGAGCAGGAUAUAAGAACGACAUAAUGCCGCUCUUGUCGAUAAUGUAUCGCUUUUACAUUUAGUCAACUAUACCUUUUUUCAAAGUGCGAGACAACAAAGAUGG